AUGAAUCUUUACUCGGUUGUCAGACCAGUCGUUAGGUAAGACGUCUAAACGUUAAGACUCAACGAAACUCACUCUCAGUCUCCCACUAUUUUACCUGGUUAUCUUUAUCCUUUUUUAAUCGUCAUUAUCAGUAGAGGACAACAUUGAGUCAACAUUGUCAACACACACACACAAUAUCCAUAUUUGCGUAAACUUGAAAAAUCGCAAUUUCUUCAUUAAUAAAGUGUUCUUAAGUGAUUAAGUAUUGAAACCAAAUGGUGUGAUUUACCUUUUUGUUUGUCAAUUUGCAAUUUAAACAUUGCCCAAAGGUCACAAUGGUUUGUGACGAUAUCAGUUGUAUCAUCUUGCUUUGAUAAUGUUUCAGUGAAUCAACAGUCUAAUUGAAAUCGUGAACCAAACACAAAAACAAAACUUCGAUCUAUUUUUUCACAUUGGAUUUAAUCGAACCUUAUCUUUCAUCUUUUUUUUCAAAGGUUAACCAACAGUUGUUAAGGCUGACCAAUAGCCUGUCAACUAUUUAACAAAUUGUGUCCCCAAUGGAGUACAGUUCAACUUGUAGAGAGUCCGAUCAUCAUCAUCCAGACUCAUCGACAACAAGCUCAUCAUUGUUUAAUUCAUCUGAUUGUUCACCUUUAACUUGUUCAUUUUCAUGCAAUCAUCAUACAACGACAACAACAACACAAAAUGAAUGUAAUAAGGAAUCAAAUUGUUUAGAUAAUUAUGAUUGUAGGAAAGAGUUGACUGGUAAUUUGGAUGAAUCAUCAUUUAACUCAACUCAACCCAAUCAUAUAUUGUCAUCAAAAGUAUUAACUAGCAGCAAUUGUGGAUAUCAAAAAUGGUUUACUCGGCCAACUUUACCUUCACUUGUUACUCUCCUGUUUCUGUCCAUUAACCUAUUAUUUAUUAUCUCAAUCGAUCCCGUGUCCGCUCAAUAUCGACCCAAAUGGCCUAGUCCAAUAGUUCAAAGGGAGAUAUUUCUUCUUAACCUUGAAGAUGGUUAUUUUGGUUGCCAAGUCAACGAAUCGACCGAUUUCCUGCAGCUCUUUGAGCUCUCAAAGCUCUGUGAUGGAGUACCUCAGUGUUUUCUUGGUUCUGAUGAACUUGCCCUUGAGCUCAAAUGUGGAGACAGAAAUCACUGCCAUCCAAAGAUGCCAAAAUGUCUUAAUGGUGCUUGCCUAGACAACCUUUGUUACUGUAAUGAUGGAUUUGGUGGCAAAGGCUGUGACCUGCCAGAUGAAAAUGAAUGUAAAUAUCGACCUUGUGAUGUUUUUGCACAUUGUACCAACACUUUGGGCAGCUUUUACUGUUCAUGUUUUCCUGGUUAUGAAGGCGAUGGAUUCACCUGCCAUGAUGUAAAUGAGUGUGAAGUGCCUGCCUUGGCUGGACUUUGUGCUGAAAAUGCUGAAUGUUGUAAUCUUCCUGGUCAUUUUGUUUGCAAAUGUAAGGAAGGAUUCACCGGAAAUGCAACUCAAUCAUGUACAGAUAUCGACGAGUGUGCUGAUAAAGACACAUGUGGAAGAGGUGCUGAAUGUCACAAUACGCCCGGUGGAUAUGCUUGUCAUUGUCCUGCUGGUUUUACUGGUGAUCCAUCUAAAGAGUGUUGGGACAUUGAUGAAUGUAAAGCGAAUGCAUGUGGUGAAGGAGCAAUCUGCACCAAUUUACCUGGUAACUUUGAAUGUACAUGUCCUACCGGUUUUAGAGGUAAUCCUAGGCCUGAGAUUGGUUGCGUGGAUAUUGAUGAGUGCAGUCAAACCGAUCGUCAACUUUGCGGCCUGAAUGCAACCUGUGUUAAUACCGCUGGAAGCUAUUUCUGUCAAUGUCCACAAGGUUUUACUGGAAACUCACGAAUCUCAUGUACUGAUGUUGAUGAAUGUGUAACCAAUGCCUGUGGAUUGAAUACACUUUGCAGCAAUACUCUUGGAGGUUAUAACUGCCAGUGUAAACAAGGAUUUUCAGGAGAUGCCUUUUUAUCAGCCGGUUGUUCAGAUAUUAAUGAAUGUUUAGAGGAAAAUUCUUGUGGUCGAAACGCCAAAUGCUUUAAUACUCUUGGAUCUUUUGAAUGCGCUUGUGAAAAAGGUUACACCGGUAAUCCGUUAACUGCUUGUAUUGAUAUCGAUGAGUGUCUUGCUAAUCCCUGUGGACCUGGAGCUGUUUGCUCAAAUAUACCUGGCUCAUAUCGAUGUGACUGUCCAAGCAAAUAUCUACCUCGAGGAACUCCCGAUGUUGGCUGUGAGCGAGCUGCAGUUGAUAUACCCUGUCAAUCCGACUUGGAAUGCACAGAUAAUGCAGUUUGUUUACAAGGAGAAUGUCGAUGUCGUGCAGGGUUCCAACCACGAGAUAUUGAUUGUAUUGAUAUUGACGAGUGUAAAACUCAAAGAAAUAUCUGUGGUUCCAAUGCCAAAUGUUUUAAUGGUCCAGGAGGUUAUCGUUGUGAAUGCAAACCAGGUUUUGAAAAAAUUAACAAAUCACAGGGUACUUCGAAAUGUAGAGACAUCAAUGAAUGUGUCUUUGGUCCUAAGCCCUGUGGGGGUAAUGCCAGUUGCAUCAACACUGAUGGCUCUUAUAAAUGUGUUUGCGUUGAAGGGUUUAUCGGUAAUCCAAAGAAAGGAUGUAAGUCACCAUGCGAGGGAAUCGUUUGUAGUGCUCAUGCAUCUUGUCAGGUUAAAGGAAAUGAAGCUGCUUGUGUCUGUGAUGCUGGGUACACUUAUAAUCCUAGUAAUAUAUCAUCGGGUUGUGUUGACAUUAACGAAUGUGAUAGUGGACCUUUCGGUCUAUGUGGCCAAGGUGCAAUAUGUAUUAAUACAAUUGGUAGUCAUCAAUGUCAAUGUCCACCUGGUUAUACUGGGGAUCCAUUUACUUUUUGUGAACCAGCACCCGAUGUAUGUGCAACCAUUGAAUGUGGCCCAUCAGCAGUAUGCCGUGUCUCUGGUGAACGACCUGAAUGUAUUUGUUCAUCCGAAUCUCUUGAAGGUAAUCCCUAUGAUCUCAAUAAAGGCUGUUAUCCUCCGAUUUGUCUCAACGAUCCUGACUGUUCCGAAGAUGAGUUAUGUGAACUAACACCCAAAGGUUAUCGAGAUUGUGGGUCUGUUUGCAAAGGGUUCACUUGUGGUCCUAAUGCUAUUUGUAGGGGUAAAGAUCAUAAACCAUUUUGCGAAUGUAGGCCUAAUUUCCGUGGUGAUCCUUAUGAUAACAAACUUGGAUGUCAACCACCAAUACCAACUUGUUCAGACGAUGGUGAAUGUCCUGAAACACAAUCAUGUCAACGUCAAGAAAAUGGUCUCAAAAAUUGUACAGAUGUUUGCUCACACACUCGAUGCGGACAUAACGCUCACUGUGUUGGACGAGAACAUGCUUCAAGUUGUGAAUGUUUGCCAGGUUUCGUUGGUGAUUCACUACAUGGAUGUCAAAAGCCACCUCAAAAUCUGUGUGAAGAUGAUUCUUCAUGUAAACCUGAUAAAGCUUGUAUUCUUACUAUCGAAGGAAUAAAAGAUUGUGUUGAUGUUUGCUUCGGACAUCGCUGUCAAACUGGUGCUUCUUGCGUUGGUCGCGAUCAUCAUCCUGUUUGUGAAUGUCUACCUGGUUACACAAGACAACCUGGUUCACCACCUGGAGUGUGUAUCUUUAAUUUAUGCCGAACUGAUUCAGAAUGUUCAGAGUCUGAGGUUUGUGCUAUAAAUCGAAAAGGUGUUCUUGAUUGUAUCUCAGCCUGUAGAGGCAUCAGAUGCGGUUCAAAUGCAGAAUGUGUUGCCAAAAAUCAUGAAGCUUUCUGCCAAUGUAAAGAAGGUUUUGAUGGAAAUCCUGAUGAUCUCGUUCGAGGCUGUCCUCCAGCUGAUAAAUGCCGUUCCGAUGUUGAUUGCGGGUCCAAUGAAGUGUGUCGUCUCAAUCAAAACGGAGUUCGCACUUGUGUUGAUGCAUGUAUCGACAAACUUUGUGGUCCAAACUCAGUUUGUUCAGUUUCCAAUCAUUUUGCAGUUUGUUCUUGUGCUGAAGGUUUCACGGGUAAACCAGAUAACAAAGCAAUAGGUUGUCAACCCAUUGCUCAUGAAUGUACUGGAGAAGAAUUUUGCCCUUCAAAUGCCGUUUGUGUCGCUUCACCUGAAGGAAUUAAUGUCUGCCGUGAUGCCUGUGAAAAGUAUCUUUGUGGUGAAAAUGCUCUAUGUGUCGCAACUGGCCAUAAACCUUCAUGUACUUGUAGACCUGGAUAUAUCGGAGAUCCUUUCCAUCGUUGUACUGUUCCUGAUGAAUGCCAAUCUGAUGAUAAUUGUUAUGAAGAUUCAGUUUGUCGAUCAGAUACUUCAGGAACUAAAAAAUGUGCCCUUGCCUGUCUUUACGCAAAAUGCGCAAGUGAUGCUGCUUGUGUCGGUACUGGCCAUAAAGCAACUUGCGUUUGUCCUCCUGGACAUACUGGAGACCCUUACAACUCAGCCAUCGGAUGCCAACCUCUUCAAGCCAACAUCUGUGAAAGUGACGCUGAUUGUGCGAUAAACUCAGCCUGUCGACGAACAGAAACAGGUUCAAUGGACUGUAGACCAGCUUGUGAUGGUAUUCAAUGUGGCCCUAAUGCUCGAUGUAAGGCAAUCAAUCAUAUCGGUACAUGCCAGUGCUUACCAGAUCACACUGGUGAUGCUACUAAUAUUGUCAAUGGCUGUCGCCGUAGAGAGCAAAAUGAAUGUGAUUUAGAUCAAGAUUGUGUUAAAUCAUCAGAUGUCUGUAAACCCAUGAACAAUGGUGUUAAAAAAUGUUUCCAUGCUUGUAAAUUUGCUCUUUGUGGACCUAAUUCAGAAUGUAUCGCUAAAAACCAUACUUACUUCUGUGAUUGCAAAGAGGGCUUCUUACGAGACCAAAAUGGUUUCUGUGUUCGACGUGAUGAUGAAUGCCGUGAAGAUGUCCAUUGUCCUGAUUUCCAAACUUGUCGACCCAACUCCGUUGGUAUUCUCAAAUGCACAGAUGUUUGUGCUGAUUUCACUUGCACACCAAACUCGCGCUGUGUUGCUAUCGAUCAUCGUGGACAAUGUCAAUGUGAACCCAACUACACAGGUGAUCCUGGUAGUCGACAAGGUUGCACACCAAUACCUGUAAACGAAUGCUCAGUUGAUGAAGACUGCUCUAAUUCAAAUUCGGUUUGUUUCACUGAUACUUUUGGUGUUCGUCGUUGUGUUGAUCCAUGUGUUACUAUUCAAUGUAAUGCAAAUGCAACCUGUCAAUCAGCUAAUCGUCGCGCUCAAUGUAUCUGUGCUGAUGGUGUUUGUCCAGUUGUUCGAUGUAAUCGAGACCGAGACUGUCCUCUUGGUGAUAUUUGUUCACAAAAAUCAUGCCAGCCUGGGUGUCGAGCUGAUAACGAUUGCCCGAAUACCGAAGCCUGUAUGAACAAUCAAUGUAUUGAUCCUUGUGCAUCACGAACGGCUUGUGGGACUAAUGCAGUGUGUAGAGCUGAUAAUCACGAAAAAAUAUGUUCAUGUGGACCUGGAACUGAGGGUAAUCCACGAAUUGAAUGUAUUCGUCAAUCACGAUUCUGUACAAGUUCGAAUGAAUGUGGAAACGGUGAACAUUGUGAAGCUGAUGUCUGUAGAUUUGAGUGUCUCGAUGAUAAUGGUUGCUUUGAUAACGAAAAAUGUACCGAUGGUUUCUGUACCAGUAUUUGUAAAACAGAUGAUUCUUGUGCUCAUGGUUUUGUCUGUGAGCUUGGUCAAUGUAAGCCUGGUUGUCGAUCCGAUAGUGAAUGCUCAGCUUCUGAUGCUUGCAUGAACCGAAAAUGUAUUGCUGUUUGUGCAUCUCCAUUAGCUUGUGGUACGAAUGCUAUUUGUCAGUCAAUCAACCACAGUCCUUGGUGUACUUGCCCACCUCGUUUUACUGGUAAUCCGCGAUUGGAAUGUAAAAAGAUUGAAUGCGUUCUUGAUACAGACUGUCCUGCGUCGACAAUUUGCAUUAACUAUAAAUGUACCUCUGGUUUCAAUGGCACUGCAGCUUGUCGAUCAGAUGCUGGAUGUCGUCCAACGGAAUCUUGUAUCUCACUUCAAUGUACUGACCCAUGUCGGUUUAGUGGAGUUUGUGGUGAAAAUGCGAUCUGUAAAGUUGUUGACCAUCAACCAGUUUGUUCGUGUGAUGAGCCACUUACUGGUAAUCCUUUGAUUCGCUGUACUGCACCAGUUUCAGAUGACUCCACAAUGAUCUGUAAUAGAGAUUCAGACUGUCCAGCUGAUAGGCAAUGCCUUGAUGAUCGAUGUGUUGCCCGUUAUGAAUGCUCUGAAGAUAAAGAGUGUCAUGUUGGUUACAUUUGUAUUACGGGUAAAUGUUUCUCUGGCUGUCGAUCUGAUAAUGAUUGUGCCCUUGAUCAAGGUUGCUUCAACCGUCAAUGUCAGAAUCCGUGUAAUCUACGAACAUCGUGUGGAAUCAACGCACAAUGCACACCUUAUAAUCACAAAGCUAAAUGUUCUUGCUCGAGUGGUUAUACAGGAAAUCCUUUGGUUGCUUGCACUGAAAUACCAAUCUGUCGUCGACCUGAAGAUUGCCCAGUAGGCUAUACUUGUGUAAACUCUCGUUGCUCAGUUGUCUCAGGCUGUGCCUCUGAUCAUGAAUGUAAUCAAGGCGAAAUAUGUGACAACGGUAAAUGUCGUGAAGGCUGUCGAUCUCACGCUGAUUGUGAUUUCACUUCAGCUUGUAUUGAUUCCAAAUGUUCCAAUCCGUGUAAUUACCGAACAUGUGGUAAUAAUGGCGUGUGCUAUCCAAUCAAUCACGAUGCUGUUUGUAGAUGUCCUGAAGGUUUCUUCGGAGACCCAUACCAAUCUUGUGCUGUAAAACAAGAAGAUUGUCGGGCAGACUCUGAUUGUGGUGAUGGUAAAAUUUGUAUUUCAUCACGUUGUUCAAUUGGGUGUCAAUCAGAUGCAAAUUGUUCCCCAGAUAAGUCCUGUAUCCAAGGUAAAUGUCGCGAUCCAUGUUCUGGUUCAGUUUCUUGCGGUUACAGAGCCCUUUGUAGACCUGUUAAUCACCGAGCUGAAUGUGCUUGCCCACCAAACUUUGUUGGUGAUCCGCGAGUUCUUUGCUCUGAAAAGGUUAUCGCUCAAGACAUUGAAUGUACUGGUGACGAAACAUGUGAAUCAGGUCAAAAAUGCAAACAAAAUCAUUGUAUUAAAGAAGAGCCAACCUGUUAUGGAGAUACCGGUUGUUCGCCUGGUGAAAUUUGUGAAUCAGGAAAUUGUAUUGUUGGCUGUCGCCGUGAUGGGGACUGUACUUAUGAUAAGGCAUGUUUCAACAAUAAAUGUAUCAAUCCUUGCACCGUUCAAACAGCUUGUGGGCAAAAUGCCGACUGUCACCCAGUCGUUCAUCGACCGCAAUGUACCUGUAAACCAAAACACUCUGGUAAUCCUUAUGAUUAUUGUAAACCAAAUAAAGAACCACCCCCACCAGAAUGCACAGACGAUAAAGGAUGUGCUCUUGGCAAAAUAUGCGAUCAGGGAAAAUGUUUCGAUGGAUGUCGAUUUGAUGAAAACUGUCCUCAUGAUAAGGCUUGUAUAAAUAGGCAAUGUUUGAAUCCUUGUGAUUUCCCUGAUUCGUGUGGAGACCAUGCAACCUGUACACCCGUUAAACAUCGACCUCUCUGUUCAUGUUCAUCUGGUUUUACUGGAGAUGCUAGCACUCGUUGUCAUCCAAUUGUGCUUCCUGUUUGCCUUCACGAUGUUGAUUGUGGUACUGGACAAAUCUGUGAGAACGGUAAAUGUAUUGAUGCCUGCCGAACUGACGAUACAUGUCCUUAUACUGAGGCUUGUAUCAAUCGUCGCUGCCAAGAUCCAUGUUCAGUAUUCGGAGCCUGUGGUAGAAAUGCUCUGUGUAGAUCAGAAAACCACCGACCUAUUUGUUCUUGCCCGGACAACUUCCGUGGGGAGGCCAAUCAAUUUUGUGAACGAAUCGAAACUCAGAAUCAAGUCACAUGUGUUGCUGAUAGAGACUGUGAAUUUGGCUACAUUUGUGAACUUGGCAAUUGCUUAGAAGGCUGUCGCAAAGAUGAACAGUGUACACCAGAUAAAACUUGUUACAACCGAAUCUGUAAAGAUCCUUGCUCGUUCCAAAACGCAUGUGGUGCCAAUACUAACUGUUUGGCAUCAUCUCAUCGACCAGUCUGUUCAUGUAAAAAUGGUUUUGUUGGUGAUCCUCAUAUUGGUUGUCGCCCAGUUAAAGACGAAGAGCUUUGUACUUCUGAUUCAGAUUGUGGUUAUCGAUUAAUUUGUGAUGCUAAUCAUUGUGUUGCUGGUUGUCGAGAUAAUGCUGGCUGUGCUUUUGGUGAAUCCUGUAUUAAUCGACUUUGUCAAAACCCUUGUAGCUUUUUCGGCGCCUGUGGAAGAAACGCAGAUUGCAAGCCUUUCAAUCACACUGCUGUUUGUUCUUGUCCACCAAGUCACAAAGGAAACCCUAAUCUUGUUUGUACUGAAGCACCACCUCAGUGCCUUCAUGAUUCAGAAUGUGUUCUUGGUCAAAUUUGCGAAAACACUCAAUGUAUUUCUGGCUGUCGUCAUGAUAAUAACUGCCCUGAAGACAAAGCAUGUAUUAACGGAGCCUGUGAAAAUCCAUGUUUAUUACCAAAUGCGUGCGGGCAUAAUACUGUAUGUCAGCCCUACCAACAUAGACCACGUUGCGAGUGCCAAGUCAAUUUCAGAGGAAAUCCAUUCUCAGGCUGUGAUCCUAUUCCUGAUGAUUACUGUACUUCGGACUCUGCCUGCCCUCUUGGCAAAAUCUGUGAGAAUAAUAAAUGUGAAAAUGCAUGCCGAAACGACGGUAACUGUAAAUUUGAUGAGUCCUGUAUCAACAAAGUUUGCCAAAAUCCAUGUUCUAUUUACGGUGCCUGUGGUCCAAAUGCUAUUUGUAAGCCAGUUAAUCACGAUAGAGUUUGCUCUUGUAAACCCGAUCACACUGGUGAUCCAAAGAUCCUCUGUGAACGCAUUCAACCUCCACCAGAAUGUUUAGAUGAUACUCAGUGUCCAUUAGAACACAUUUGCCAAAAUACUCAUUGCUCCCGUGGAUGUAGAAGUUCCGCCAACUGCCCGUCCGAUAAAACUUGCAUCAGAGGAAAAUGUGCUGAUCCUUGUUCAGCUUCAGGUGCGUGUGGUGAAGGCGCUAUUUGCUCACCAGCCAACCAUGUAGCUGUUUGCUCUUGUCCAUCGGGAUUCAGAGGUGACCCUGACGUCGAAUGUCGAGAAAUUCCACCAGAAUGUCGAUAUGAUGCCGAUUGUGGUUUGGAAAGGAUUUGUUUGAAACAAAAAUGUCUUGUUGGUUGCCGAACCCAUUCAAACUGUCCAUUUGAUAAAGCUUGUGUUAACGGUUUAUGCCAAAGUCCUUGUAAUAUUGGUGGAAUGUGUGGGGUUAACACUAUUUGCCGUGCUGAAAACCACGAAGCACAAUGCACAUGUGUUCCUGGUUACACUGGUGAUCCUCUUCGUCAAUGUACCAAAAUAUUUGUUGAAUGUGAAAAUGAUUCUGAUUGUGGUUCAGGCUAUGUUUGUGCUCAUCAAAAAUGUAAAGAUAUUAAUGAAUGCCUCCAAGAAGUACUUCCAUGUGGUCCUGGAGCUUCAUGUCAAAACUUACCGGGAUGGUACAAAUGUUCGUGCCCACUUCCUCUUGUAGGUAAUGCUUAUGGAAAGGAAGGUUGUCGACCAUCAGUUCCUAUUUGUUUCCACGAUGCUGAUUGUAAAACUGACCAAAAAUGUAAUCCUGUUACUCAAGAAUGUUAUGAUGUUUGUUCAAAACCCGGCAUAUGUGGUAAAGGAGCUUUAUGCAGAGCAUCAAACUCUAAAGCUGAUUGUGAAUGCUUACCUGGAUAUCAAGGAAAUCCUUACGUUGAAUGCUCAAUCAGAGAUUCUUGUUCAGCCCCAUCUGAUUGUCCUGGAAACUUGCUCUGUUUGGGACAAUAUUGUGGCUGCCCUUAUCCAUACAAACAAAGAUCAUCAUUUUGCGUUCUGUCCAGUCUUAACUGUACCACAAAUAAUCCUUGCCCUUCUGAUCAAAUGUGUGUUUAUGCUGAUAGAGGAGACUCUGUCGGUUAUUGUGCCUGUCCAAAAGGUUUCAUGAUGACACUGGAAGGAACUUGCCGUGAUUACAAUGAAUGUGAAGAAAAGGCUUUCCCGUGUGGUCCAGGAGCUAAGUGCAUGAAUAAAAUUGGUUCAUAUGACUGUCGCUGUCCUACUGGUACCAAUGGAGAUCCUUAUGUAUCCGGAUGUAGCCCUGAGCAACAACUGAAACAAUGUUUCCAUGAUUCUGAUUGCGAUGAUGAUCGCUCAUGUGUUGACUUUAAAUGUCGAGAUUCAUGUUUAGCUUCGAACACCUGUGGUCAAAACGCAGUGUGCUACGUUGAAGGACAUCGACGAAAAUGUAAAUGUAGAACCGGAUUUGCUGGUAAUCCAAUUGAAAUUUGUCGCCCGAUUUCUGAAUGUGUUACUGACUCAGGAUGUCCUGGUAAUCUGGCUUGUCUUCGAGACCAUCGAUGUGGUUGUCCAAUCGAAUUUAAUCGUAUUCUCGAUUAUUGCGUUCGAUUUAGCUACAACUGCUCAACAAAUAAUCCUUGCCCAGACAAUCAAGAAUGUAUUUAUUCUGGAGCAGAGUCUGGUUUCUGUGUUUGCCCUCGAGGCUUUUCACUUCGUCCUGAUGGCGUUUGUGAAGAUAUAAAUGAAUGUAAUGAGAAAAAUAUUUGCGGACCUCACGCUUCUUGUGUUAAUAGACCCGGAACGUAUGAAUGUCGAUGUGCUGCUGGUUAUCAAGGAGAAGAUCCAUAUCGCGAUGGUUGUACUCUUAUGUCCAAAGAACCUCCUGGCUGUUUGACUGAUCACGAUUGCCCCUUAACCAAAAAAUGUGAUUUCUCCUCUGGUCAAUGUUUCGAUCCAUGUACUAUUCGUGGAGGAAACGCGUGCGGGGUCAACGCGAUUUGCCAAACAACCAACCAUAUUCAGUCCUGUAUCUGUCCCUCUGGAUUCGAAGGUAAUCCAAACAAAUUGUGUACCCCUAUCCGCGAAUGUGGUGUUACCUAUCAAUGCCCUGGUAACCUUAUCUGUCUCAAUAGUCGAGCCUGUGGUUGUCCACCAAAUUACUUCCGUGAAAAUGAUUAUUGUUUAAUUAGAAACCAAAACUGUACCACAACGAACCCUUGCCCUGCCAAUGAAGAAUGUGUAUAUACUGGGGAACGAGCUGGUUUCUGCGUUUGUCCUCAUGGAUACGAAUUAACACCUCGUGGUGAAUGUAAGGGAAUACAAAUCUGUGAAACAGAUAAUCCUUGUGCUCCAGGAGCCAAUUGCCGUGAUCGUCCUGGUUCAUACGUUUGCGUUUGUCCAGUCGACACAAUUGGUGAUCCUUAUGUCAAAGGCUGUAAUCGAGUUUUCGGUUGUCAAACCGAUAUUGAUUGUCCACUUGAUAAGGAAUGUGAUACUGGUUCUAAACAAUGUAUUUCUCCUUGUCACACUUGUGGACCAAAUGCUGAGUGUACUGUUCGAGAUCAUAAAGCUGUAUGCGUAUGUGCUCCAGGAAGAGUGGGUCAACCUGAUGACAAAGAAAUCGGUUGUUUUGUACCACCUCCACCACCUGAUGUUCCUACUGUGCGAACCAUCCCACCUGUUCAAGAUUUAACUGUUAUGUGUCUUGCUGAAGGUGUACAAGUUGGUGUACGAUUGGGUGGUUAUGAUGGUAUUAUUUAUGUUAAGGGACACUCACAAGAUCCUAACUGUCGUCGCUUGGUCAGUAAUCAAGAACGUGAAUCAAUCGAUUUCAAGGUUGGUUUCGGACAAUGUGGUUUAAUUCAUGUUAAUGGAGAAGCCUCAUUCAUUUUGGUGGUCCAAAAACAUCCUAAAUUAGUAACUUAUCGAGCUCGAGCUUAUCACAUUAAAUGUAUGUACAUGUCUGGAGAAAGAACAGUUACUCUUGGUUUCAAUGUCUCUAUGAUAACAACCUCCGGUACAAUUGCAAACACUGGUCCACCACCAACAUGUUUAAUGUCAAUUACAUCAAUUGACGGCAAAGAAGUAUCUUCUGCAGAAAUUGGUGAUGAUUUAUUACUCAAAGUGGAUGUUCAACCCGAUUUUAUUUACGGUGGAUUCGCUCGAAGCUGUGUGGCCAAAACAAUGGAAGAUGAAGGUGAAUUCCAGUAUGAAGUGACUGACGCUAACGGCUGCGCUACUGAUCCUUCAAUAUUCGGUAAUUGGGAAUAUGAUCCUCAUAAGAAAACGCUGAUGGCUCGAUUCAAUGCAUUUAAAUUCCCAUCAUCCAAUAACCUUCGAUUCCAAUGUAAUAUUCGCGUUUGCUUCGGCUCAUGUCCUCCUGUUAAUUGUGAUGGUGUCGAUGCUUAUGGUAAACGUCGUCGUCGUGAAGUCAAAGAUGAAGAUUUACUCUUAACAGACGCCUUUAAAGAAGGAGCUCUUCGGGAGGAAAUUAUGGUCCAAUCAAAUGCUAUAUUAACAUUUGAGAAACGUGAUCCUCAACCUUCACCAUCACUGGAAGGUCAGCGCAUAGAAGACGUUGAUCAUGUUUGUUUACCUAAAUUGGGACUCAUUAUAUCUAUGAUAUUAACGACAUUAUUAGCCCUUGUUGCUGUCGCAGUUGCCAUUUCAUGUUGGCUUAUGGCUUAUCGUCGUAAACCCAGAAGGCAAGGACCUUUGCCUCAUCCGCCAGAUUUCCCCAAUCCACUGUACACAACACCAGAGCCAGUUGCUGAGCCAUCUCCUGAUUACUAUCAUGGAUCACAUCUUUAACUGAGUCGAUCAAAUCAAUUUAAAAAAAUGAAGAUUCUAAUGAAAGAUCGUUAAAGAUUAUUAGAUUUUUUUGUUUUUGUUUUCUGUUCUCAUUUUUAUCAUCUUCAUCAAAAUUGUCAUUUAUUUAUCACUGUAACAUCCCAUCUUUAAUAUUCAUUGUUUCAACUCAACUUCAUCUCCAUCUUUACCAUUUUCACCAUUAACUCUCUAUUGCCUUGAAUCAUCUCAUCAACCUUCGUCCAGAAUAUUCUAAGAUUCAGUCAUAAUUUCUUGGAUAUGCUUUUAUAGAGAAAAAAGAUUAUUCUAAUUAACACUCAUCUUGCAAUGAUGAGUAACUAAAGGAAAUGCAAAAUUAUGUCUUCCACCGAUAAGUGUAAUUAAGAAACAAAAUUGAUCAAAAAUGAUUAAACUGUAAUGACAUGUUUUUUAUGGUUAUCGGGAGAAAGGAAAAAAAUACUCCCCAAUUUCCUAAAUCCUUUCUUUCUUCACUUUCUCUCUGUAAUCUGUUUAAUCUUCUAUUCAAAUAUUUGUCAAAAAUUUGUCACUGAUUAACCAUUUCGUUAAUAAUUUGUACAUUAAUUGGACUCUUUUCUCGGAAGACUUGAUCUGCUCUUAAAAAUCAAUUCCUCUCCACUCAUUAUCAUGAAAAUCAUCACAGUUAACCUCACCAAUGAUCGUCAUUAUUCAUCAAACAAAAUCUCUUCAUUAAAUCAUAAAAUGAAAUAGUCUGAAGAGUAAUAAGUGGAUCAUUUAUUCCCUGAAAACAGUUCCAAUUAACCUUUUAAUUAAGUAAAAUUUGCUAACUUAUUUCUAA